ACAGUCGCUAUCGCACAUCAAUUUAAAAAUCAAAAGUCUUUGUUUCUAUUUAUAUUAUAUACAUUGCGUAUUCAGUUCAUAAAAAACACAUUUAAUCUUUAAUUAUGUCUGCAGUAACAAAAGGUAUUUACAUUGUCGCUGCAAAGCGCACAGCUUUUGGCACUUUUGGUGGAUCCUUGAAGAACAUUAACCAGACUCAAUUGCAAACUACCGCGGCGAAAGCGGCUCUGGAUGCUGCAGGAUUGAAGGGCGAACAGGUAGACACCGUCAUCGUGGGUAAUGUCAACGCGUCAACCUCCUCGGAUGGAAUUUAUGUGCCUCGCCAUGUGGGUCUCAAUUGUGGCGUGCCAAUAGAGAAACCAGCACUGGGCAUCAAUCGUCUGUGCGGCUCUGGUUUUCAAUCAAUUGUAAAUGGCGCCCAGGACAUUUUGGUGGGUGGUGCUAAGGUAGCGCUCACUGGCGGCGUGGAGAACAUGUCGCAGAGUCCUUUUAUUGUUCGCAACGUGCGCUUUGGAACCACUCUUGGCGCACCCUACAACUUGGAAGAUGGAUUGUGGGCUGGCUUAACCGAUACGUACUGCAAGCUACCUAUGGCUUUAACAGCUGAGAAUUUGGCGGAUCAGUAUAAAAUUUCACGCGAGCGUGUGGAUGAAUUCUCAUUGAAUUCACAAAGGAACUGGGAAAAGGGCCAGAAAGAGGGUGCAUUCAAUGCGGAGAUAACGCCAAUUAAAUUGAAGGUCAAGGGCAAGGAAGUUGAUUUUGUCAUUGAUGAGCAUCCACGUCCCAAGACUACACUCGAGGGUCUCGCCAAGCUACCAUCUCUAUUCAAGAAAAACGGCGUCGUUACUGCCGGUACAGCUUCUGGCAUUUGCGAUGGUGCCGCUGCUGUGGUCAUCGCUUCGGAAGAAGCAGUCAAGGAGUAUAAUCUGAAGCCCUUGGCGCGCCUGGUUGCGUUCUCGUUUGUGGGCGUGAACCCCGAGAUUAUGGGCAUUGGCCCCGUGCCUGCCAUUCAAAAUGUUUUAAAAGUAUCCGGAAAGAAGCUGGAGGACAUUGAUCUGAUUGAGAUCAAUGAAGCCUUUGCUGCCCAGACCCUUGCCUGUGCCGAUGCUCUGAAAUUGGACCCAUCCAAGUUGAAUGUAAAUGGAGGAGCCAUUGCCUUGGGUCAUCCCCUGGGAGCCAGUGGAUCGCGCAUAACUGGCCACCUUGUUCACGAGUUGCAGCGCAAGACACUGAAGUAUGCCAUUGGAUCUGCUUGCAUUGGUGGCGGUCAGGGUAUCGCUUUGCUGGUGGAGUCCGUUUAAUCUACUUUUGAAAUGCUUCACUCACUUUCCUGCAUUUAUAGUUAGCUUAAGCAUUUAGUUCGAUUUCGAUAUGCAAAAUAAAAAAAAUUAUUGACUGACUGCAA